ACGACAACAACAAAUUCAUCAACAUGGCCACCUACAUUCUUACUAUUGUCUUAUUAAUCAUACUCUGUAUCUACAAAAACUCGAAAAGGCGAACCAACAAGGUGAUCAGACUACCAUCUGGGGACAUGGGUCUUCCUUGGAUCGGAGAAACGAUCGAGUUCUACAAUGCUCAACGCAUGAAUCAGCUGUAUGAAAACUUUUUCCAACCCAGAAUCAAUAAAUAUGGCAAUGUCUUCAAGACAAAAUUGAUGGGUUCGCCAACUGUGGUGGUGAAUGGGGCGAACGCUAAUAAGUUCUUUAUGUCGAAUGAGUUUAAAUUGGUGGUAAGCUCGUGGCCGACUUCCUCGGUUGAAUUGAUGGGAAAGAAUUCCAUCAUGGAGAAACAAGGAGACUCACAUCGUUGCCUACGUGGCAUCAUUACUUCCACGGUCAACGUUUCAGGCCUCCAGGCUAUGGUGCCUAAAAUGUGCGGCUCCAUUCAAAAACAUUUGGAGAGAAACUGGGACGACCGUGAAGAAAUCAGUCUAUAUAGGUCUACCAAAAUGCUUACCUUCACUAUUGUCCUUGAAUGCUUGUUUGGGAUUGGGAUUGAGCCGGAGACGUUGUUUGGUGUUUUUGAGCGUGUUUUGGAAGGCGUUUUGUCUCCUCCGGUGAAUUUCCCAGGGACUAAAUUCUCGAGGGCAAAGAAAGCAAGAGCGGAGAUAGAGAAGAUAUUGGUGGCUGAAGUCAGAAGCAAGAGGGAGGCCAUGGAAUGCGGGACAGAUGAAGAAGACAACAUGCUGUUUUCUAAAUUGGUGGCUGCUUUGAUCAAAGGUGAAAUCACUGAGGACGAAGUUGUUGAUAACGUCGUCUUGCUGGUGUUUGCAGCUCAUGAUACGACAUCUUACGCCAUCACAAUGACUUUCAAGAUGCUCGCAAAUCACCCUGACUGUUACUCUCUGUUACUUAAAGAACAUGAAGGUAUUGCUAGCAACAAAAGGCCAGGUGAGGCUUUGACGUUCGAAGAUGUGAAAAAAAUGGAGUAUACCUGGCAGGUAGCUCGUGAGACCAUGCGACUAAACCCUCCUAUCUUCGGAUCCUUCAGAAAAGCCACAAAUGACAUUGAAUUCGAAGGGAUUACUAUUCCCAGAGGCUGGAAGGUGCUUUGGACCACAUAUGGAACACAUUAUGAUGAAAAUUACUUUCCAGAUCCGAUGAGUUUCAACCCCAGCCGAUUUGCAGAUCCAGUUCAAUCUUACUCUUAUAUACCCUUUGGUGGAGGACCAAGGUUGUGUGCAGGCUACCAGUUAGCAAAGCUCAACAUUCUAGUACUUGUGCAUUAUGUUGUGACACGAUAUAACUGGUCGUUGGUCUACCCCGAUGAGCCAAUACUCAUGGAUCCGCUACCCUUUCCCUCGAAAGGGAUGCCUAUAAAAAUUUCUCCAAAAUAAUCAGAUAAUUAACCCAU